CAGGUCCUACAUUCAGCUCGCUAGAUGGCGCCAGUCCAUUUUCACAGCACUUUAUACAUUUCCCCCGCAGAAGUUUCGAGCAGGAAACGUUAUCUGUGUUGAGAGGCGGCUGAGGAGGAAAGCAUGGCCCUAAACGCAGAUGAUGAGGACUUUGAAUGGGAGCCUCCGUCCGAGGCCGAGGUGAAGGUGUUUCAGGCUCGACGGGAGCGACAGGACAAGAUCAGCAAGCUGAUGGGAGUCUAUCUGCUGAAGGGCUACAAGAUGCUGGGGGAGUGCUGUGAGCUGUGUGGGACAAUUCUGCUGCAAGAUAAGCAGAAGAAAAAUUACUGUAUUGCUUGUCAAGAGCUGGACUCCGAUAUUGACAAGGACAACCCAGCUUUAAACGCCCAGGCAGCUUUGUCACAGGUACGAGAGCGUCAGUUGGCGACUCAGCCUCUCCCUGAAUCUAACGGAGCCUCAUCCAACGAACCCCUUCUCUCCAUCAAGGGGCAGCCCCGGCCGGAGCACUGCGAGGGGGCCGCGUCUGGACGGAGAGGUCCCCCUCCUGCCAUACAGCCCACCCCUCUUUCUGUUCCCACCGUCAGCUCCAACUUUCUGCUACCAGCCAACCCUCCUCUCCAGACUGCACCUCCUUUAGGGUCCUUGGGCAACCCCCUGCACCAUCACCCAGCCUUGUCAAGCGCAGAGGAGGCAGUGCUACACAAACUCAGAUGGGCCACGCAGGAGCUCCAGCACUCCGUGUCAGUGGAGGCCAGUAUCCAGCUCUGCAGUCUGAUCCGAGGCUGUGCCGAAUCCCUGCGUAGUUUGAAAGAACUGUAGGUCUCAAAAGACUGAACCACAGACAGAGCUGUAACAGCAGACACAUAAUGAAAUAUGAACAACACGCACACAUAUGUACAUAUAUUAGUAACAUACUCCACAGUGGCCUGAUUGUGUUUGUUUGUUCUAAAGUGGCUGAGUAUGUGACUAUCGUGUGUUGAAAAACAUUGAUUAAGCUGCAAAGGCUGUUUCAUUAUCCCUGAUUUGUUUGCGUUUGAGUUACAUUACAAGUUUUAACUUUUUUUUAUGAACUCAUAAUUGAAUGAAAACUCCACAUUUUAUGAAAGUACCAACUUGAUUGUGACAAUGUUAGAAAAACUACAGUUAGCCAAGUGAAGUGUUUCAAAGCAGUAGUAGAACUAUCUGGUCGCCGUGAUUUUGCCAAGUAAGACAUGUUCCUGGAUCAACAUCUUUUGAUGAUCCUGGAUCCACAUUACUGUCCAAAAAUAUAGACUUAACCCAAUCCCUACCCCUAAACAUAACCCUACCCAUAAUUUAUUCCUAAAAUCAAUGGGAAAUGAUGGCUGAUUAACAAGUGUAGAAGCACCUAAAUCUGAUUGCAAGCCUAAAACAGAUAUUUUCUCAAUUCUGAUUGGUUGAUUGGAAUGUUGUUCCAGGAUCAACAAGGAUGUUGAUCCAGGAACAUGUUGUACUUGGUCAAAUCACGCUCACCAGAACCAUCUCAGAGCUGUGAGUGCUGUUUUGGGAACAAAUAACAGCAUUAUACAUUUGAUAGUUAGGGGCGUUCCACUGCACUGCUUCCUAUACAUUAUUCCAUGUUUUUCCAUGAUGCCUUUGUUCAACUUAAAAGGAUUUCUAGACAUUGCACUUUUUUUUAUUACACUGCCCUGUGUCUAGCAUUUUUG